GCAACUGGGAACGAAGGUGUAGUGUUAACUGGACUCACCGCAGGUGACCCUGCAGCUGGCGGCGUGACGGAUAGUACUAGUUUCCCAACGGUGGAUACUAGUACGACAAGUACGAACUCCAAGAAAUUUCGGACCAUCAAUUUUGAGCAGAUCAUCUACCUGUACACAAAGUUUAGCUACUUUGUCAUCCUGUAUUCGACGAAUGUCGGAGUACUACAGCAAGAGCUGACUGCAAAAGGUGUCAAGGACCCUCAGGCGUUUGAGGAUGCGGAGGAGCAGCACGAACUACUUAGUGCCAUCACGAAACAACUAAGAAACAACUUCGCAGACAUCGAGACGGCGUACGAAGAGAGCAAACGAUUCAAAAAAGGACACUCACAGCUGCAGUUAAGCAAAAAUGGCUAGAUGUCAUGUGAUUCAUCUUCUCUCCUGCAGGAGAGUGUUUGUUUCUCUGUGAUUCCGUGAUGAUGGAGGAUAGUCAUCAUCCCUGGAUAAUGCAUGAAUCUCGCGCACGUGAAAAGUGUCGUGAGCUCUCUAAAAGCGCAAGGAGCUAAUAACAACGCCAGCACAUCAGCAGGAGCAGAGCAGCAUGGUCAACACGCCUCUCCGUUUCUGUACGGCGAACUGCCGAGUGUGAUGGAAGUGGUGUUUCUGGGCGUGAUAACUCGGUACAAGGAGUACUUGAGGCACAUCUUUUCGCACAGGAAGACCUGGCGAGAAGUCUGGGACGAUGGCGAAUUUCCGCUGUUGUCAAGAGCAUGUGAGUUAAGGGUAACGUCAACCCAUCUUUUGGAACAUCUUAGCUUUGGACUGUCUCUACCACGGGAAAGCAUCCAGAAGAUGUUCUAAGAAAUGGGUUUUUGGUACCUCUAAGUGAAGUUUUUGACGCAAUGGACGCAGCGCAGCCGCAUGGCGUGGUUCCGUGUGGCUUGGGGAGCUACACCGCUUCAUUUUUCCACGACAUGGGUGCUGCCUUGGGCCUGCCACCGACGGUGAAGAGAGCAGACGUAGCAGAUGCGGAAGUCAUGUGGGUUCGAU